GAAAGAGUGUGCGGCUCUUAUCAAUGAAUUUACGGUAAUAUCAGAAGCAACGAGAAGCCACGCUAACUGUGUGUUGUUUGCCCAGCAAUGUUCGAGGUCGGUUCCACCUACAACACAGAGAUAUGCAGUGAAGCCAUGGAUUAAGAUGAGGAUAAAAAACAGUGUCAAAAACCUCAGAAUCUUGUAUUGAUAGAAAUGUCUUCUAGUAGUUUGCAUAAGAGCAUGAGUUUCUUUCCAAAAAGAAAUCAAACCACAGAAUCAGGGAAGCCCUACACAUGUCCCCAAUGUGGAAAGUGUUUCAAACACAAAGGUCGUCUUGAGAGACACCUGAGAAUGCACCCUGAAGAGCGCCCAUAUACGUGUCCUCAGUGUGGAAAGAGUUUCAGACUCAAAUCAACGCUUGACCAGCACAUGAGAAUUCACACAGGAGUGCGUCCAUAUGUAUGUCCUCAGUGUGAAAAGAGUUUUACACAGAAAAAUCACCUUAAGGUGCACAUGAGAAUUCACACGGAAGAGCGCCCAUUCACGUGUUCGCAUUGUGGAAAGAGUUUCAAACUGAAGUCAACGCUUGAGGAGCACAUGAGAAUUCACACAGGAGAGCGUCCAUACGCAUGUCUUCAGUGUGAAAAGAGUUUCACACAGAAAAUUAAUCUUAAAGUGCACGUGAGAAUUCACACGGAAGAGCGCCCAUACAUAUGCGCUUAUUGUGGAAAGAGUUUCAAACACAAAUCAUCGCUUGACGAGCAUGUGAAAAUUCACACCGGAGAGCGCCCAUAUGUAUGUCCUCAGUGUGAAAAGAGAUACAUAGAGAAAUCAACUUUUGAGUCACAUAUUAGACUUCACAUUGGAUAGUGUCCAUGAACAUGCAUUCAGUGUGGAAGGAGUCGUAAAUGAAAGACAAAAGAGAUGUUUUUUAUGCUAUAUUACAGAGAUAUUAUACAUAAAAUCUUCUGCAGUGCAAACUCUAAUGUAUUAAAGCCAAAAGCCGUUUGCAGAGUGACUGAUAUGAAUCUGAAGACCUGACAUGUAUGAAGUAAACAGGGUCACUUUUGUUUUCAUGUUGAUUUAAAGCAGUAAAACAGUUUAAAUGUCAUUGUUGUUUUCUUAGAAUUUUUAUAUGUUCACAAUUUUCACCUGCAUGCAAACCUGAAAUCAUCAGUCCAAGAACUUCCUCGCUAUAAUAAUCUCAGUUUAACAGUUGUAAAGUGACAAAUAGAGUCUGUCUUCUAUUAAUGACAUAGUUUGAAAUAUGCUGUUACUAUCUCUAUUCAUCAGUGUUAUUAAUUAAAAAAUCUACAUAAACCUGCCAGUGGUGGUUGUCUAAAAGUGUUCUCUCACCAUAUAUUUAUUAUUAAAUCAGAAUCACUUCA